AUGGCUGAUACCAAGAAGACCGCGAAGCGCACCCCUAAUUUGUCCAAACAAGAACUAGAUUUAGUCAAAGAAUUGGUGUUAAAACAUCCAAUAAUCGAAAAGAAAUUGCACGACCAAAAGACUGAAUCCAUUCGUAAAACUGCAUGGCAGAAAAUCGCAACAGAGUUUAAUGCGCAAAGUUUUGUACAUCAGCGAACCAUCCCCCAGUUAAAAACUGCUUGGAAAAGAAUUAAAAGCACUUACAAAACAAAGAAAGCUGCCGAACGUCGUAGUAAAUUUAAAACAGGGGGAGGACCGCCAUCGCCAACUACAGAGGAAGAUACGGGAAUGGAGGAAACAUUGGCAGAUCAAACACCUCUGGAAUACAUUCCCGAUGAUGACAAUGAUUAUGAGGACGAUGAACAAACCGUUGACGACCCCACUUCUGUAGAAUUCCUAUCUCCUGCUUCGUCAUCGAGAGCGGAAAACUCAACUACAGGUGGUAAUACCCCCUCUACAACCCCUCCUCCAGUUGGUACAAAGAAAACUCACAAGAAAGUUGUGAAGUAUGCCGAAGAGUUCCACAAAAAACGGAUGGAGUAUUUAAAACUGGAGCACGAGGAAAAAAUGAGAGUAAUUAAAGAAGAACUGAGUUAUUGGCAAUUGAAAAAACGAAUUGUUCUUCGACAAGAAGCUAGCCACGAACAUCAUGAAGGAGAUGUAGAAGAAAGCUCAGAGCAACGAACAUUUCAGCUCUUCAGUCAACACCUUACAAACUAA